AUACGUUUCCAGGACAUGCAGAAUGAAGAGCUUCGAAACUUGUCCCUUUCUGGCCAUGUUGGAUUUGACAGUCUGCCUGACCAGCUGGUCAACAAGUCUACAUCACAAGGAUUCUGUUUCAACAUCCUAUGUGUCGGUGAGACAGGCAUUGGAAAAUCCACAUUAAUGGACACUUUAUUCAACACCAAAUUUGAAAGUGAUCCAGCUACUCACAAUGAACCAGGUGUCCGGUUAAAAGCCAGAAGUUAUGAACUCCAGGAAAGCAAUGUUCGGCUGAAGCUAACUAUUGUCGACACUGUGGGAUUUGGAGACCAAAUAAAUAAAGAUGACAGCUAUAAGCCGAUAGUGGAAUACAUUGAUGCCCAGUUUGAGGCCUACCUGCAAGAAGAACUGAAGAUCAAACGUUCUCUCUUCAACUAUCAUGACACGAGGAUUCACGCCUGCCUUUACUUCAUCGCCCCUACUGGACAUUCACUAAAGUCCUUGGACCUGGUCACCAUGAAAAAGCUGGACAGUAAGGUGAACAUCAUUCCAAUAAUUGCAAAAGCGGACACAAUUGCCAAGAAUGAACUGCACAAGUUCAAGAGUAAGAUCAUGAGCGAACUUGUCAGCAAUGGGGUCCAAAUAUAUCAGUUUCCUACAGAUGAAGAAACGGUGGCGGAGAUUAAUGCGACAAUGAGUGUGCAUCUCCCCUUUGCAGUGGUUGGCAGCACUGAAGAGGUGAAGAUCGGUAACAAGAUGGCAAAAGCCAGGCAGUACCCCUGGGGUGUCGUGCAAGUGGAGAACGAAAGCCACUGCGAUUUUGUGAAGCUGCGGGAGAUGCUGAUCCGAGUGAACAUGGAGGACCUGCGGGAGCAGACGCAUGCCCGCCAUUACGAACUGUACCGGCGCUGUAAGCUGGAGGAGAUGGGGUUCAAGGACACUGACCCUGACAGCAAACCCUUCAGUCUUCAGGAGACUUAUGAAGCUAAAAGAAAUGAAUUCCUGGGGGAACUGCAGAAAAAAGAAGAAGAAAUGAGACAAAUGUUCGUUAUGAGAGUGAAAGAGAAAGAGGCUGAACUUAAAGAAGCAGAGAAAGAGCUUCAUGAGAAGUUUGACCUCCUAAAGCGGACACACCAAGAAGAGAAGAAGAAAGUAGAAGACAAGAAGAAGGAGCUUGAGGAGGAGGUGAAUAACUUCCAGAAGAAGAAAGCAGCAGCUCAGCUACUACAGUCCCAGGCCCAGCAGUCUGGGGCCCAGCAAACCAAGAAAGACAAGGAUAAGAAAAAUGCAAGCUUCACAUAAAGCCUGGCAAGCCAAGGAUGUUCCCGCAUUCACCUGCUUUUGCAGUAAUAGUGUACUCUGCCAUCUGUGUCCUUUGGUUUUAGUUUAUUAUUUAGUCUUCCCAAACACCAGUAACUCUUUACUCGUUUUGCUGAAUGUUGUUGGGUGGUGGAAAACAAUAGAACAAGAGAAUAACAGCCAAAUCUUUGUGUGCCUGGACUUUGUUUCUGGAAAGUAAAUGAUUGCCUUUCAUGCCUGUCCCCAGUGGCAGCAGGAAGCAUGCCUGUUAUUUGAGUGUCACUGUGGAGGAGGAGUGUGGGGUACAAUGCUGCCUGUACGUCUGACAUAAGAACUUCCCAUCACGUUAGCAGCUGAACUAAAACCCCUAAUAGCCCUGACAACAACGUGCAUUUCUUGAUUAUUCAUCUCCGUGAUCACACAGUCCCUGAGUUCCUUGUCUCUCCUCCACACUAGCCCCAAACUAAGGUAGAUUGGUAGGUAGGGAGAGCAGUGGGGAGCUCUUUCAUUUCAUUUCAUUUCACACUGACAUUCUCUGCCCCAGUUGGUGCUCUGUUCACUCUUGGGUCGAGACUGCAUCUGAGCAACCACCUCUCAGAGCCUGGCCACACUGCUGUGACUGCUUGAUCUUCUCACAGACUGAGAUAUCGUUGCUAAGUAGAAGAAUCUUCCAUCAAGGAUAAUGGGCACCUCACAGCCUGUCUAGUGCUUGCAGUAAGAAGUUUUUCAUAAAACAUAUUCACAUGUGCUUCCAGCAGGCUGAGGGGCAGGACCUUACGAUUGAUUCCAGGCCACUAAUCAUGAGAAAAUUGCCACAAAUACUUCAAAUACAAAAUUUGCUUAUAUAAACGAUGUGUCAUCAACAAAUUAGAGAGGACCUUGUCAAUUUAAGAUACAAAGGAGAAGGAACAUAACAUGAAUCAAGAAAGUCAAAAUUCAGCUUCACUUCCUACUUUCUUGCUGGUAUUUCGAAUCCAGAUGUCUUGAAGGGAAUUUCCUGUGUUGGCUGUCACCCUGACUAGUUUCACCUGCUCUCUGUGUCCUGGAGACCAUGGCUAUCACCUCACCCAUAAUUAGGACUGACCCAGGUGCCAGAAUGUACACUUCCUGCCUGAUUGGCAUCAAGAAGGACAUGUAUAAUCUCCCAGCUGUACUGCCCUUCCUGAUGCUGGAUCCUGCUGCAACAAUAUCCCCAGCUUCCUCUAGAGCCAUCCUCUCCUGUUUUACUGGAGAGGAUAACAUUCUCAUGAACCCAACACUUUCCCUCUGCUUUUUCAGUGUGACCUUCACUAGUAAACAGGUGAGAAUACACUGCACCUCCCCUCUCCAAUAUACGCUUGUUAAAAACUUAAAUUUCUACCUGAUUCCAGCAAAUAUUUUUUUCUUUUCCUUCCCUUUACCCCCAGUCAUAUGGAAGAGAAAAAAGGGACGGUCUUCCAUGAUAGAGACCUCGUUAGGCAAAGUUAGAAAACUGGAUUCACUGACGUGCAGAAUAAGCUGCGAUGGAGACUGCACACCAGAAGCGACAGCACUGUACUCCUCACAGGGCGAGGAGCUGUUAGACCAGUGUUUUGUCUUUGCUUUUGUUUUUGUAAGUUGUAGUCGGAGGUUAGCUGUGGAGCAGUUAAGUGCUAGAAGCAUGCUGACUAAUCCUGGGCUGAUUUGCUCCUAUGCUGGGCACCUCACAAAAGCUUGAAUAGUUGUGUUGUUUGCUUGUCCAGCCAUUGCUUGUGUGAGCAUUUUUUGUGCCUUGUAAUAGAAAAUACACUUUUAAAUUCUAUUAUUUCAUGCAUCCCUAAAAGCUUUUAAAGCUGAGCCUGGCAACAAAAAGCAUCCACCUGACUUUUUGAUUCCAAAAUUAUUGAUUUUUUUGCAUUAAAUUUUUCAUAGCAAAAUAAAUUUUAUG